AUGAAUGCAUCAAGUAGUGGUGUAAAUGUGGCACAAGGUUAUCAAUUUAUGUCAAUGCAAGAGAUGGUGUGUGAUGCUUUUAGGCAACAAGAGACAUUUGAACCGAGAGAUACACAUGACAUGGAAGAGCCUCCAAAUGAAGAAACUCAAAAAUUUUAUAACUUGUUGCUAGAGGCAAAUAAGCCAUUGUAUGAAGGGGAAUCCGAGUCUAAAUUAUCUAUGUGUGUGAAGUUGUUAGCUUGCAAAUCCAAUUGGAAGGUUCCUGAUCAAUGCUUAGAUUUUAUUUGCCAAAUGUUAUUGGACGUCACACCCAUUAAAAGGGGUUUGCCAAAAAAUUCUUAUGAUGCAAAAAAACUAGUAUCAAAGUUGGGAUUAGAGACUAAGAGGAUUGAUUGUUGUGUUGAUGGUUGCAUGUUGUUUUAUGAUAAUGAAUAUGGAAAAAAUGAUGGAGAGUUAAUUAAAUGUAGAUUUUUCCAUAAGCCUAGGUAUCAGAACCAUAACACUGGAACAACUAAUAAAAAACCAGUUCCAGUUAAGGCCAUGCUCUAUUUGCCUAUAAUUCCAAGGUUACAAAGGAUGUUUGCAUCAAUGCAAACUGCUGGGCAAAUGACAUGGCACUAUGAGAAUAGAAGAAGUUCGGGUAUAUUACGUCAUCCAUCUGACGGUGAAGCCUGGAAGCAUUUUGAUCGCGUCCAUCCAGAUUUUGCCAUUGAUCCACGUAACGUUCGACUUGGUUUAUGCUCUGAUGGAUUUACCCCAUAUAUUCAAGCAUCAACUGCACCAUAUUCUUGUUGGCCAAUAAUUGUUACUCCAUAUAAUCUUCCUCCAGAAAUGUGCAUGUCUAAACCUUAUAUGUUUCUAAGUUGUGUCAUACCAGGCCCAUCUAAUCCAAAGGCUGGUAUUGAUGUUUAUUUACAACCCUUAAUUGAUGAUUUGAGAAGGUUGUGGAACGGUGUUCUAACAUAUGAUAUUUCAAGGAAGCAAAAUUUCAUGAUGAGGGCAGCUUUGAUGUGGACUAUCAAUGACUUCCCUGCUUAUGGCAUGUUGUCUGGUUGGAGCACUCAUGGUAGAUUUGCAUGUCCUCAUUGCAUGGAGCAUACAAAGGCAUUUACUUUAAAAAAUGCAACAAAGCCUUCAUGGUUUGACUCACAUCGUAGAUUUUUACCUAGCGAUCAUGCAUUUAGGAGGAAUAAGAAUGCAUUUAGAAAGGGUGAAGUUGAAAUGGAUGGGCCACCACCUAUGUUAACUCCUGAACAAGUUUGGCAUAGAGUCAUGAAUUUACCAAAAGUCAUAGAAGAUGGUGUGCUUAGACUAGAUGGACAUGGACAAUGA